GCAGGACUAGGGCUGAGAGAGUCUCCGGCUGUCACGGGCGUCCCAGCCAGGAUGGAGGAGAGGCUGUAUGCAGGGGGGGAGGAUUAUGCCAAAGAGUUCGACCCCCAGGAUUACUUACGCACGUACUAUGCCUUCGACUCUGGCACCAUGGCCGAAAACGAAAUCCUAAAAUUUAACCUGGAAAACCUUUUCCAGACCUUCUCUGAAGGGGGCGUGGCGGGCGACCUCCUCAUCGACAUUGGCACGGGCCCGACCAUCUACCAGCUGCUGUCGGCCUGCGAGGCCUUCCGGGAGAUCAUCGUCUCCGACUACACGGAGCAGAACCUCCAGGAGCUGCGCAAGUGGCUGGGCCAGGAGCCGGGUGCCUACGACUGGUCCCCCGCCGUGCAGUACGUGUGCGAGCUGGAGGGAGACAGGAGCAAGUGGCGGGAGAAGGAGGCCCGGCUGCGGGGCGCCGUGUCCCAGCUGCUGCACUGCGACGUGCUGCGGGAGCAGCCGCUGGGCAGCGCGCAGGUGCGGCCGGCCGACUGCGUGCUGACGCUGCUGGCGCUGGAGAGCGCCUGCCCCGACGUAGCCGCCUACCGCGCGGCCGUGCGCGCGCUGGUGGGCCUGCUGCGCCCCGGCGGCCACCUGGUCUGCAUGGCCGCCCUGCGCUCCCAGUUCUACAGGGUGGGCCCCAAGAAGUUCUUCGGGCUCUACCUGGAGAAGGAGACGGUGGAGCAGGCGCUGCGGGAUGCCGGCUGCCGGGUGCUGCGCUGCGCCCACCGCCCCAUGAGCUACUCCGAGGGCUACUCCAUCAACGAGGGCGUCUGCUUCGUGGUGGCCCGCAAGGAGCCCUGAAGCGUGAGGGGGGCGUCCUCGGUCCCACUCCAGUCCCCCCUGCAUCCCCGAGGCAGCUGGAGCCUGGACGCCACCCCUUCGUUCCUGGCAGGUGGAAAGCAGGGGUCUCCCUGCACCCCGGGAUCGCCCCGGGAUCCCUGCACGCGGGAUCCCUGCAUCGCUUGUGCCUCCUGCAGCAAAGAGCAGCGAAAUAAACCGCUCCGCUGGAUUGGGGUCUCCCCAAAGGCAGAGCCCGAG